AUGAGCGUCACCUCAGCCUUACCCUCAUCCGAUGGAUCCAGGGUAGCCUCAGCAUCCGAUGACAAGACAGCGAGAAUCUGGAAUCGGACCCUGGGGAAGGACUCAAAGUCUUCGAAGGAGCGUCGGUUAAGUUUGGCAAUGAUGGCCACUAUCUCGUCUUCAAAUGCUGAGGCUAACCAGGAUUCGUCAAAUGAGAAUGGGACCGUGUGCCCUCAGAGAACGCUGAAUUUGUACCAAUCGCCGACCGAGGUGUUGGCUCUCGGUUCCGAUACUGUUGUACAGAACGAGAAGGCACAGGCGAUGCACUUCGGGCCGAGAAGGAAGAUGGUAUAA